ACUUCGUUCCCUCUCUCGGCCUCUCGACAUGAAGUUCAUUCUCUCGCUUACCCUGCUCGCGGCCGCUGUAGCUGACAGGCCCAGCUACCACGCCCCUCCUCCUUAUCACCAUCCUCAUCCUGCAUACAAGCCUGCCCCUGCCUACGCCCCUCCCCCAGCCUACGGGCCGCACCACCCUCUUCCAGCUUAUGCCCCGCCUCACCACGCCCCUGCUUACGGUCCUCAUCCCCCCGCCCCUGAAUACAAGCCUGCCCCUACCUAUGCCCCGCCCCCUACCCCUGCCUACAAGCCUGCCCCUACCUAUGCCCCGGCCCCUGCCUACAAGCCUGCCCCUGCCUACAAGCCCGCCCCGUCCUAUGAUGCUCCUGCUAAGUACGACUUCAACUGGGCCGUGAAGGACGACUACUCAGGCAACGACUACGGCCACCAGGAGUCCCGCGACGGAUACAACACACAGGGAUCCUACUACGUGCAGCUUCCCGACGGUCGCCUGCAGAAGGUCACCUACCACGUGGACGGCGACUCAGGCUUCGUGGCCGAGGUCACCUACGAAGGGGAGGCUCAGUACCCUCACGAGCCUGCCUACAAACCUGCCCCAGCCUACAAGCCUGCCCCAGCCUACCGACCAGCUCCUUCGUACAAACCCGCCCCAGUUUACGGCUGAAACUUCUUCAAACCUCCAUCCUUAUAAAACAAAAAAUCAAAAACACACACAAAAAAAAACCCUGUGAUAUUUAUUACC